CGCACAAACCUGCCGAACCGGUCCCACGCCUCCGAGCCCCCAAGCAAGAGCAGCCUGCCAGCAGCAGCAGCGAGGUGGAGGCUUCACCUGCGGAAGUGGGGGCGCUGUUCUGCUCACGUGAGGCGCAGAGGGCGCUGUCUGAAGUUACAGAGGAGGAAGAAGAAGAAGCCCCGCCUUUCAUGUCACGUUUGGGCCAAUCAGGACGCUCCAUCCUGACGCAGCUCACCGUGCCAGAUGUGUGCUCCUCCAGUCAGCUAAUUUUCUGACAGAAAGCUAAAAACAAAACACCCAAUUUUCAUCAAUUUCUCUUGUCUCUGCUCGGAUUACCGCCCGGGGCAUCGAGCUCUGACCUGAGUCGCUAACUCUGCACCAUGGUCGGUGUUAAAGUGAUCGGGAGCGACCCGGACUUCCAGCCGGAGUUAGCGGCCGCCGGCUCCAGGCUAGCCGUGGUGAAGUUCACCAUGGCCGGCUGUCGACCCUGCGUCAGAAUAGCUCCAGCUUUCAACAUGCUGAGCAAUAAGUAUCCACAGGCUGCCUUCCUGGAGGUCGAUGUUCACGUCUGCCAGGGGACGGCAGCAGCCAACAACAUCUCAGCCACGCCCACGUUCUUGUUCUUUAGGAACCGAGUUCGGGUGGAUCAGUAUCAGGGGGCAGACGCCACGGGCCUGGAGGAGAAGAUCAAACAGCACACGGAAAACGACCCGGGAAGUAACGAGGACUCGGACAUUCCAAAGGGAUACAUGGACCUCAUGCCGUUUGUCAACAAAGCCGGCUGCGAGUGCCUGAACGAGAGCGACGACUGCGGCUUCGACAACUGUUUAGUCAAAGACUCCACCUACCUGGAGUCUGACUGCGACGAGCAGUUUUUGAUAACGAUGGCCUUCAACCAGCCCGUGAAGCUCUUCUCCAUGAAGCUGCAGUGCUCGGACUUAGCCCAAGCCCCGAAGGUGAUGAAGGUGUUCAUCAAUCUUCCUCGGUCGAUGGGCUUCGACGACGCCGAGCGGAGCGAAGCCACCCAGACUCUGGAGCUGUCGGAGGAGGACUACAAAGACGACGGUCUGAUUCCUCUGCGUUACGUCAAGUUUCAGAACGUCCAGAGCGUGACGCUGUUUGUCAAAUCAAACCUCGGAGACGAGGAGACAACAAAAAUCACCUACCUGACGUUCAUCGGCACCCCGGUACAAGCCACCAACAUGAACGACUUCAAGCGGGUUGUUGGGAAGAAAGGUGAAAGUCACUGAGCAGGAGGAGCAGGGGAGGGACGAUGAGAAGAGCGGGAGGAGGAGGACGUUCCGUCUGCCGAAGCUGCCGCACACCCAGCUGCCAGGAACAAGGAAGCCCACACGACCUCCCUCCUCUGGAGACCUGCUCUUUACGUCGUUUGUAUUGUAAUUCUGUCCAAUCGCUGUAAAUAAAAUACAAUCCUUUUUCAAAGGCA